AUAAACAUAAAAAAAUGUUACUUUUCCUUUUCCUUUUUACCUUUCGUCAGCUCCAUCUUCAGAGUGGGGAAGAGUUUGCCCUUAUCUCAUUAUCAGCACCUUACCUCCUUGUGUAAUCUCUUGUUGCUCUUUAACUCUACUUGUCCUUAUAAUAACUGCUUCAGUUUCCUUUUCUCAUUUCUAGUGUACAGUUAAUUUUUUAAAAUCAUCAAACCGUUCUCCCAUUUAAUCAAUUGUAAUCAUGCCUAAUAAGGUAAUAAAUCCUAAAGAAACUGCUGAAUUCCUCGCCAAGAUCUCAAAAAAUGUUCAUAUUAAUUACGAAGGUGUACACCGAAUGGCAACAGAGAUUUAUACGGCUUUGAUAAGAGGUGAAUACACUCUGGGAAUGUGGAGGGAACAUGAAUUACACCCUAAGGAACCCACUGAUUUCGCCGUUAAUUGGAUUUUUUUAGUUGACUCACUUAACUUUUCCUUCUGGCCGGACGAAGAUAAAGAGUUUGGUGUGACAUACAAAGAUAUCGAGUAUACUGGCUAUUGGGCUUUAUGUGCAAUCAUUAAUCGAGCUCUUGAUCAAGGUAUUCCAAUGUGCAAUCCAGAUUACUAUUCCAAUUUAAGUUUAGAUCAGGUUAAAAGAAUAUUUGCCGCUCAUAGAAAGGGUAAACCUAAUGAACCAAUGGAUUUGCCUUUGUUGGAGGAAAGACAUGCCAUAAUGAGAGAGAAUGGCUCAGUUUUAGUUAAGAAAUUCAGUAAUACUUUUGUUUCCAUGGUUAUAAAAGCCAAAAAUAGUGCUAAAACCUUGCUCAAAAUGGUGCAUGAAUAUUUUCCUUCGUUUAGGGACGAACUUCUUUACAAUGGAGAGUCCAUUGGUUUUUACAAACGAGCUCAACUUUUGAUUGGUGAUAUUUAUGCUUGCCAUGAAGGUAAAGGUUUGGGCAAAUUUGAUGACAUUCAAGAUAUUACAAUGUUUGCUGAUUACAGAGUUCCUCAGUGUUUAUACUAUUUAGGCGUGAUCAAUUACAGAGAUGAGUUACUCAGAAGAUUGUCGGCAGGAGAAAAAUUUAAAUAUGGUGAUCCAGAUGAAGUUGAAAUCAGAGGUGUAUCCAUUCAUGCCGUUGAACAAAUUAAAAAUGGAGUUGUCCGUCUAGCCGAAAUAAAUAAUGUUACGUUGCCCAUUCCAGCCACUUCAGUAAUAGUUGACUUCUACCUAUGGGAUCUUAGACGAAGCAGACCAGAUGAAAUUGAUGAAUGUAUAACAUACCAUAAGACUCGGUCAAUCCAUUACUAGCAUAAAUUUUUUUUCAUACUUUCGUCACAAUCACAGUCAACCCUCUCUAAGUUAGACUUCAUGAGAAUAACUAAAGUCCCAUUUUGCUGUCAAGUAUUUUAGCCGAAGACUAAUUCAUCAGCUUCGAUACUGGCAAUUUUGUCUGGACUAUUGCCUUAGAAACGUCUAACUUUGAGAGGGUUGACUGUCAUUUUAACCCAAAUUGCAAUAUAAACUCAAUCUAGAGGAAUGAAAUAGCUGAGAAUGAGGAAUUACAGUUACAACCAACUCUGUACAUUUCAUCUGUAAUUUUUGAUUCCAUGAUUUUUCCAAUAUCCACGAAAUGUUAUUUUUUUACAAUCCAGAUUUAGCUUAUUGCCUUAAUAAACUCAAAUAACAAUUGCUUUAAUUCA